AUACCCGAGGUAACCUGGGGACUAAAGCAUACCACCAAGAUGGCGGCAAGUAGCUUCCCUUACCUUUGAUGUCUUCAAACUUCUUGGCUAAAGAUUAAUUGCUCAAGUCGUCGAGUUUCUCCCGAAAACGUAACGCUAGCACAAUGUACCAUCCAUCAAGAGGCGGAGUUCGUGGUGGACAAGAUCAGUUUGACUGGGAAGAUGUAAAACUCGACAAGCACCGAGAAAGUUAUUUGGGUCAUUCCGUGAAGGCUCCUGUGGGAAGGUGGCAAAAAGGAAAAGAUCUACACUGGUACACAAAAAGUGGUAAAGGGAACUCGAGAUUGUCAAAGCAAGAGGAAAAAGAUGCAGUUAAGAGAAUGGAAGCUGAGGCCCUUGCAAUAGCACUAGGAAGAGAACCAACCAAGAAAGUAGCAAGUGGUGUUUCAAAACAGGAAUUGGCUGAAGUUUGUCGCAAGGGUCAAGUGGAACGUGACUCAAUGGACAUCGAAAGGGUGCAAGGCAUGGGGUUUGGAAGCACAAGAGCUUCUCUGGUGGCUGGGCUGUCUGUACCUGUAAAGGAGACACUUGGUGCCACAGGGUCACAACAGGAAAGGCGUGCAAAUCCUGCAACACCUAGCAAUUCAAACACAGAAGUUCAAAGGAUUGGAAGAGACGAGGACUAUGCCAGUGAUAAGAUAAAGAAGAAGAAGGAGAGGAAAGACAAGAAAUCUAAAAAGGAAAAGAAACACCAAAAGAAGAAGCAUGGUGAUGAAGAAAAGAAAAGCAAGAAACAGAGGCACAAUAGUGGAGAAGAUAAUCACAAGUAUGAUAAGAAAUCUAAACAAUCAAGGAAAAGAACACAUGACUGUGAUGUUAAUCAAAGUAAUUCUAAGCGUGUGAGACAUGAUUCAUCAUCCUCAAUUAGUGAUUCAUUUGAGAAAAGAGAUAAAUAUUCCAGACGUCGACAUGAUUCUUCAGAUGGAGACAUAUCAAGGACAACCACCGCAAGGCAAAGAGACAGAGAGGAUACAAGGUCCAGACAACGCAGACAAAGACAUGACACUGAGUAAAACACACUUUUAAGUUAACUACCAAGCUUUAUUUGAGUAAGCUAGUUAGCCAAUUUACUAUUAUCUACAACAUAAAGAAAAACUACACUAACACACCUUUUAACUCUUUACACCCUAAUAUCAGCAUGCAGAUUCUCCAUACUGU